UCAAGCGCAUGUGCGACGCGGGCUGCGUGCCGGGCGACCACGGCCUCACCGUCACCAUCAACGCCACCAGGGCGGACCACGACCUGGACUGGGAGACGGAUGAGAGCUACCGCCUGGAGGUGUCGACGAAAGGAGGCAUGGUGCGCGCGCAGGUGCUGGCGGCCACGGUUUGGGGAGCCCGGCACGGCGCGCAGACCCUGGCGCAGCUCUUCACCGCCACCACCAUGCCCGCAGCCUCGGUCAGCGCGAAGCCCAAAAUGAUGCUGCUAGCCGUGGCGACCGCUCGCGUCGCGGACUCGCCGCGCUAUCCGCACCGCGGGCUGCUGCUGGACACGGCGCGGCACUUCCUGCCGCUGGCCGCGCUGCUCCGCACCGUGGACGCCAUGGCCGCCUCCAAGCUCAACGUGCUGCACUGGCACGCCACCGACUCGCACUCGUUCCCCCUGCUGCUGCCCAGCGUGCCGCAGCUCGCGCGCCUCGGCGCCUACUCGUCCAAGGAGGUGUACACGCCCGCCGCCGUGGCCAGCCUGCUCAGGUACGCCCGCGUCCGCGGCGUGCGCGUGCUGCUGGAGAUCGACGCGCCCGCGCACUGCUCGGCGGGCUGGACGUGGGGAGAGGACGCCGGGCUGGGGCCGCUGGUGCUGUGCGCCGCCCAGCAGCCCUGGCGCAGCUACUGCAUCCAGCCGCCCUGCGGACAGCUCAACCCGGCGAACCCCGCCGUGUACUCCGUGCUGCGGGCAGUGUACCGGGACCUGGUGCGAGUGCUGCCGCGCGGCGAGGCGCUGCACCUCGGCGGCGACGAGGUGUUCUUCGCGUGCUGGAACGCGUCGCAGCCCGUCACGGACUACUUGGCGGCGACGGGGCGCGGCCGCGGCGAGGCCGACUUCCUCAACCUGUGGGCCGAGUUCCACGCGGGGUCGCUCGCCGCCCUGGACGAGGCCGUGGGCGCCGUGGGCAAGGCGGGCACCACCGCCGUGCUCUGGAGCUCCCACCUGACGCGGCCGCCGCACGUCGACAGCUACGUGGACAAGGACAGAUACGUGAUCGAGACGUGGACGGAGGCGGGUGACGCGCUGCCCGAGCAGCUCCUGUCCCGCGGCUACCGCGUCAUCCUGGCCGCCAAGGACGCGUGGUACCUGGACCACGGCUGGUGGGGGCGCACGUCGUACCGGCCGUGGCGCGCGGUGCGGGACCGGCGCCUGCCGUCGUCCGCGGGGACGCCCGGCACGGUGCUGGGCGGCGAGGCGGCGCUGUGGGGCGAGCUCACGGACGCCACCACCCUGGACGGCAAGCUGUGGCCGCGCGCCGCCGCCCUGGCCGAGCGCCUGUGGACCGACCCCUCCGAGCCGAGCUCUGCCCCGGGGGUGGAGGCGCGCUUCCUCGCGCACCGCGACCGCCUCCUGGCCCUGGGGGUGCGCGCCGAGGCCGUGGCGCCGCAGUGGUGCCAGCUGCGGGACGGCCAGUGCGCCUGACGCCCUGGCUGCCACACUGUCUGGCUGUGACUGCCGGCCGCCGGCACGGGGUGGCGAUGGGCUAGUUUCCCGUUCGAAGGAACGCCCUUUUGUGAUAGACGACUUGGUGAGUGAGUGUGGCUAGUCUCAUUUGAUCUCUGAAUCUUUGAAUACUGGUGGCAUGCCACAGGCAGCAGGCAGAGGGAGGGGGAAAAGAAACAACAUGGACAUCUACAAAACACAAACAGGGAAGUUUAUUUCUGUUUACUAACAGACAAGCAGUACAGUAACACACGGGCACACGGUUUAAUAGAAUCAUCAGUACAGUAAUUUACACAGGUCAAUUAGUAAUACUUUGUUCAUGGUCGGCACAUUUCGUUUCACAAAACCACUAAAAAUGGCGUAAAUUAAAUCAAAAUCGUCCUCAGUGAUGUAGUUUAAAAAAUCAUAACACGGCAGUCACAGUGCUCCCUUUCGCACUGAAGUCAGUAAUAUUUUAUCUUAUUAAUUACGUGUCUUUCAAAUGGCUGUUGCAUCGACUAUUUGAUAUGCGUGGUUCAUAAAAUGAAGUAC